UAGAAAACAAAUUACUGAGUAAUUUUUCAUCAAAAGAAACAAAUGACGAUAAAUGGAAAAUAUUAGAAUUUAAAUUUGCUAACAUGACUCGUGAAGAAAAAUUUGACAAAAGGGGUUUAAUAUUACGUUUAGAUAUUAAAAGACUUAUAGAAAUAUUGGAAAAAAUUGAGCCAAAUUUAGUCAAUUCUUGGCUUCAAAACUUUAUUGAUAGUAUUGACAUCAAUGAAAACGAUAGCUUUUAUAAUACUAAAUUAAGAAUAAAGCAACUUGAAUAUAUUAUAUAUAAUGAAUUAAUUCCAAACCUUUACAAAGUGCACUAUGGGAGCUAUAGUGUGCACUUAGAAAGGGUGUGUAUUACUACUAUUAAAAUUAAAUCUUUACAAUAUUGUUCAAAACAAGCCCCAAUGAUCAAUUAUUAUAACAAUGAUCCUGUUUCUGAAGCUAUUAACGAAUCAGAAUCAGAUGCCAAGUUGAAAAAUAAUUUUGUCGAAAUACAAAACCCGGAUUAUCAAACAGUUUCCGAAACUAUUAUUAAGGCGCAACACGGAAACUCAGAUGAUGCGGAUGAACAAAUAGACAAUAGAAUCAUCGAAAUCCAGCAAGGAAUAAAUAUUGUGAAAGAUAUAAUAAAAGUAGAUUGUCUUAAUUUUAGAAAUUGGAUUGAAAAUACGAACAAUGAAAUCGUCGAAUUAUUGGAAGAAAUCAAUUCUGAAAAUACAAAAUUAAAUGUUAAAUUAUGGGGACCGACGGCCUAUGAAGAUGGCAUAAAGCAAGUUAAUUACUCUUGCAAAAAUAAAAUUAAACCUCCAGGGCGCCUUCGAUCAUUUUGUUCAACAACUUCAAAAUCAAAAGUAGAAUCUAAAUCCGAUCAAUUUAAUAUCACUUCGAUUCAAAAAAUACUUUGA